AAUCAAGCCACACAAUGUUUAGUUUUGUACGUUAAAAAUAACUGGAUGCGGGUGACACCGGAAGUCUCGCACAUUUUUGUGACCUCUUUAGUAAAAAACAAAAACAAAAGUGGAUGUGAAAGUAAGCCAGAACGGGGGCGCUGCUCCUUCUCUCUCAGUCAGCGGCUAAUGCUAAAGCUAACUAGCUCACGAUGGCUGGACAGGAGGAUCCCGUGCAAAGGGAAAUUCAUCAAGACUGGGCGAACCGUGAAUAUAUCGAAGUGAUCACCAGCAGCAUUAAGAAAAUAGCCGAUUUCCUCAAUUCCUUCGAUAUGUCCUGCAGGUCCCGUUUAGCCACUUUGAAUGAGAAGCUUACUGCUUUGGAGAGGAGGAUUGAGUACAUUGAAGCCAGAGUCACAAAAGGGGAAACCUUGACUUAGACAUCGUCCUGGGUCGAUGCCAAAGUCAAGAUGAUGGCUACGAACACUCACCUCCUGUAUUUUUCAUUUACUUUAAUUAUUCAAACAAAAUUUCUAUUGGUUGGCUGUGGUAGAUCAGUUAAUUUCUGUAUGGGACCAUUGUGAUGAUGUCUUUGCUAUAAGCAGAUAUGUGUUUGCCUCAUUCAUGCCUGAUUAUGGCUGAGGUUAUACUGUAUCUGGUCCUUUAUUUUUUUGAUCUGUCAGGCAACCUGUUACUGUCUCUGUGGUGCUUGCUCAUGCAAACAGGCCAGUGUCGUAUAUCAUUUGGUUCUGAUCUGCUAUUAAACAACUGUUGAACUCUCCAUGCAAUAUAUUAACGGUCAUGCAAAUAUAGACUGAAAAUACCAUGGAUAAACAGACAUUAUGCCUUGUUUUUUUUUUUUUUUUAAAUUAAUAGCUAAUAAUCAUUUGAGUUUUGAUUUGCCCUCCUUUGUUUUACAAGUCUGUCCUCUUGUUAAAUUACAAAAAUUUGUGUUUGAAAUGCAUUGCUGCCUGCUGUACAUUUAUCAUGCAACAAACAUCUGCAUAGAAAAAUGCCAGUCAGAGGUGGAUGGAAAGCACUAAAGUGCCAAUCAGACUGUUUUUAAAGUGUUUCGUUUUCUGUAUUUACACAAUUUUAUGUCUUAGUGUCUGUUAAGAUGUUUUUGUGGUUAAACAUUAAAUAAAAAAACUAAACCAUUUCAA